AUGAGUGACAAGCAACGGGCUUUGGUGUCCUUCAACGCCAAAUACGUUGGGAUUGCUCACUCUGUGUGUGCUUAUCUGGCCUUCUUGGCUGCCCUUGUUGUUGGAUGCUACUUGCACUACUACAAGAUUAUCGAGAAUGAAUUCUACAGCUAUCCAGAAGAAUGGUUUCCUAGUGUCAGUGCCACCAUUGGCGAUCGUUAUCCAGAACGUUCGAUCUUUCAGAUUCUUAUUGCGUUGACCGCAGGGCCUCGUUUUGCCUUAGUUUGCCUCAGUUAUUUGCGUCUUUAUAAACCAAAUUCCAAAUUGCCAGCUUUUGGUUUGGUUUGUGGGAUUAUUAGGACAUUCACUUGUGGUGGCUGGGUCUAUAUCACUUCUACUGAUGAUCAUGAUUGGCAUGAUAUCUUUAUGAUUAGUUACAUCGUGUUGACUAUUCCAUGGGACGUCUCGGUGAUCAAACUCACUCCAAGCACCUCCAAAUUACGCUCUUACAGGCUUUACACCUGCUUGUCAUUCUUUGGGAUGCUUGUACCAUUGAUUUAUCUUUUCAUUCAACAUAAAGUUCACAGAGUUGCAGGGGCCUACUCUUAUUAUGCGUACUGUGAAUGGUCAUUGAUUUUGUUAGAUAUUGGGUUUGACACUUGGGCAAUUUGUGAUCUUAAGGAUUUGCAAAUCAAUUUGGCCACCGACGGCGAAAGUUCUCUCAAGUUGGACUUCUUCAGAAAGAUUAGUUUCAAUGAAGAAGUUAAUUCUUCGGCAAAAGAAAUCGAAGUGGUCACCAAUUUGGAUAAAUCAAUUUCCAAAUUAGACAAGUUUAGCAAGAUCAAAUCUUUUGAACAAUUAUUCAGUUACCAAAACAUGUUGGUGCAUAUAAUCAAUUCUUUUGUCUUUUGGUCCGUCCUCUCAGGGUUCUUGGCGAUGAUUUGGUAUUUCCCAUUGUGGGCCAUGGGGAUUUCCGGUUACGAGGCAUCGGUGAUUGGAUUACUACUCACUUUUAUUCUUGCCAUUCCAUUCAUUAGAAACCUUUUGGCUAACUAUCCACAAAUCUCUAGAGUUUUGGGUGCGGCACUUGGGGUUGGUGCGUACUUGGUCGAAAAACCAGAAUAUAGAUUAGUUACUUCCGCCACAGGAGUAGCUUUCUGUGCCCUUGGUUUGGCCAACGAAACCUGGUAUAUCAAUAAUAUCAGCUUCUCGGUGUGUAACUCUAUCCUUAAUACUGAAAAAAAGAGCCAAAAUGAAGACGAUCAAAUUAAUGAUGAAAUUCUUGCCACUCUUUCUAAAGAUCUCAGCAAAUAUUACGCCACGUUAUCCUCCGUUGGUUUAUUAUUGUCUGCAAUUAUUAAAUUUGCCUUUGCUACCAACAAUCCAAUAUGGCCAAUCAUGCACAAAGAGAAUGGAGGCUGGAAUAACACCGGGAUUAUUGUUGGUGUCAUUGCUGCCUUGUUGACUCCAAAUUACAAAAAAAUCAACCAAUCAUUUAGCUUUGGCAAUUCUUCCAAAACUUUGACCACCGCUCCUACCGUCGCUUCGGUAGCCAAUCGUAAAGAAUCGGUAUUUUUUUCUGCCAUCUCAUUUGGUGCCUUCAUUUUUCUCCUUCAUGCCCUUCUUACAGACUCUUCUACCAUCAUUACUUGGGUUUGGGAUGGGUACCCAAUCAGAGGUCCAAUCCCUGUUCCUCACGGUGCGGUAUCUCUCACAGUGAUUGCCUUUGGUAUUUAUUGUGGAUUAGUUUCUUCCAGAUCUUCAUUAAUUAAUUAUAAAUUCUAUAGUGCUGGUGUCAUUGGUCUUAUUCUUUUAUGCAGUUUCAAAGGCUGGAUGGGUUACAUUGGUGGGCUUGUGCUUUCAUUUUAUUUGGUCACCAUCACACCAAUCAUGAUGGAAAAUGUCUCUCGUUUCAACCCAGGGCUCAGUUUCACUCUUUCAUUCUUGUUUUAUUUGAUCUUCAUGCUUGCUAGUGUUUGGAUUGUUGCUUAUGCCUUUGUCCCUGGUGGACCUUUGCUUAGAGAACGUACUGACAUUGUCUAUGGUGUCCCAAUGGUAUCUGUUGGUUUGGGGAUUCUCAAUGCCCAUUUAUAUGGAUCUGACAGCAUGAUUGCCUCUUCGGAUAAAUCAUUUAACAAGAUUGGUAAGUCUCUUGGCAGUAUUAAGAAGAAGUUCCAAACCUUGUUGUUGCUCUUGACCGUUACCAGUGGAGUCAUUGCCUUCCUUCGUUUCCCAUUCAAUGAUCCAACCCCAUACCAUCCAGAAACCAAAUCAUUCACUGCCGGGAUCUGGACAGUCCAUUUUGCCCUCGAUAAUGAUCUUUGGGCCGCCGAAGACCGGAUCCGUGACCUUAUUGUUGAUUUAGAAGUGGAUAUAAUGGGGAUGUUGGAAACCGAUACCCAACGUAUUGUGAUGGGUAAUCGUGACAUGACCCAAAAAAUUGCCCAAGAUUUGGGUUAUUAUACUGAUUUUGGACCUGGUCCAAAUAAGCACACUUGGGGUUGUUUACUUUUAUCCAAGUUCCCAAUCUUGAACUCCACCCACCAUCUUUUACCAUCCCCAGUUGGGGAAUUGGCCCCUGCCAUUCAUGCCACUUUGGACAUUUACGGAGAAUAUGUUGAUAUAUUUGUGUUCCAUUCUGGCCAAGAAGAAGAUGUCGAAGAUAGACGUUUACAAACCUUGUAUCUUAGUGAACUCAUGGGUUCUACCGAUAGACCAGCCAUCUUACUCAGUUACUUGGUUACUGAACCUCAUAAAGGUAAUUACAAUGUUUACGUGAGUGAGAAAUCGGGAAUGCAUGACAUUGAUCCAACCGACGACGAUAGAUGGUGUGAAUACAUCCUCUUCAAGAGGAUUAGAAGAACUGGGUACGCUCGGGUGAGUAGAGGUACCAUCACCGAUACUGAAGUUCAAGUAGGGAAAUUCAUGUUAGCAGACAAGAUUGCUUUGGAAAACGAACACUUGUUGUACAUGAAUGAAAGAGUCGACGUUAGCCAAGUUCCAAAACCUUUGAGAUUCCCUACGAUGUUUGAUGGUGAUGGGGUUAGAGGACAUAGAUACCAUGUUUUUGAUGAGCCACGUUAUUUCAUUUAA